UAGUGACGUCACUAGCAGCGCGCCCACCCUCCCCCUCCUGCCGGCGCGCAUGCGCGUUCGGGAAGCUGUGAGCCCGCAGGGAGGGGGAAGUGAGUCACACGCAGCUUGUCGCACACACAGUGACUCGCUCGGGAUUCGUGCUGACCGGAUUGCUUCAGAGACAGCGGGGUGAGGCCGCGACAUAUACCGUAAGGAGAGGCUCCGGGGGGCCCGUGUCUCCCGUGCUGCCCCCUUCCUCCGUCUUUGUUGUUAUCCCAAGGGGUAAGCCGGGGCCUCCACCUCCUCUCCGUCCCUCCCCGAAUCCGCCCCGCAGUGUCACCCGCAACAUCCACCCGACGAUGCGACGGCCUGAGCCCGGGGAGGAUCAAUGCGGCCCCCGUCCCUAGGAUGUCAUCCGAGGACAAGAACCUAGAGUCCGCCUGUGAGCAGCCCGGGCCCCCGGCCCCUGCCAGCCCAGCAGCCACGGACAAAAGACCCCGGGGCCGCCCCCGGAAAGAUGGAGCCUCCCCGCUACAGAGAGUCCGUAAGAAGCCUCGGAGUAGAGGAAAAACUGCCUUGGAGGAUGAAGAUAGUAUGGAUGGACUGGAGGCAGCAGAACCCGAAAACUCAGCCGACACAGAUAUUAAAGAACAAUCUGUGGAGGAAUGUGACCAGACUGAGGUGACGGACACUGCACAACUAACACCCGUUCUUCAGCGUUCUCCAUCCGAAGAGUCCGAGCGCUCCACUGCCUCUGUGGGAGUUGAAGCCAAAAGCAGUGAACAACUUUGUGCUUUUUGUUAUUGUGGCGAGCGGAGUCUCUUGGGGCAAGGGGAAUUAAAGCAGUUCAGUCCAACUCCUGACUUUCUCCUUCCGUGGAAAACACUGACUGAGAACAAAGAUCCUAAUGGCGACACUGGCACCUGUAAACCUAUCGGAAAAUCGGCCAAACACAGGCAUCAGAAAGUAAAAUCCCCACUACACAAUGUCACCUAUACAAGUGUAAGCACCCAAACAGCACCUGAAGAGCAGGGCAGCAAAUUCUGGGAUGAACUGUCUCAAGUUGGCCUUCCUGAUGACCUCUACAUCCAGUUCUUGUUUGAGUCAACAGGUCAUUGCUGGGCUCAUCAACGCUGUGCAGAAUGGUCACCAGGCGUGCAUCACUCUGAAGAUCAGGGUUUGGUCAAUGUGGACAAAGCAGUCAUCUCAGGGAGCACAGAACGCUGUGCAUACUGUAAGCACCUUGGAGCUACCAUCAAAUGCUGUGAAGAGACAUGUUCGCAGACGUACCAUUAUCCCUGCGCUGCUGGAUCUGGCGCCUUUCAGGAUCUUGCUUGCUUUUCUCUUCUUUGCCCCGAGCACAUCGAUCAGGCCCUGGAACGUUAUAAGGAUGAUGCAAACUGUGCUCUGUGUGACAGCUCUGGAGACCUGCUGGACCAGCUCUUUUGCACAACUUGUGGUCAGCAUUACCAUGGCAUGUGUCUGGACAUAGCAGUGACCCCUUUGAAGCGUGCUGGUUGGCAGUGCCCAGAUUGUAAAAUCUGUCAAAAUUGCAAACACUCUGGAGAUGACAACAAGAUGCUUGUCUGCGAUACAUGUGACAAAGGUUACCAUACAUUUUGCCUGCAGCCUGUUAUGGACUCUGUACCAACAAAUGGCUGGAAGUGUAAAAACUGUCGUAUAUGUGCAGAAUGUGGGGCGCGGACCAGUCGUCAGUGGUAUCUCAACUGUUUGAUAUGCGAUAACUGCUUCCAGCAGCAGACCAGUUUGCCAUGCCCAAUUUGUGAUAGUCCACUUCAGGCAGACAUGCACAAAGAUCUUUUGCAUUGUCAAUUGUGCAAAAAGUGGAUACAUCUAGACUGUGAAAAAUGUGCAGACUAUUUAGAUGAUCAGUUGAAAGACGAUUACAUCUGCGCAUUAUGUAAGCAAUCUGAAGUGGAGGACGAAGCAGGGGAAGAAUGUAUGGAAAUGGAGGUUGCGGAAUCUGAGCCCGCAUGCACAGGUGACCUAGAAGUGGAUACAGGUGGAAAAAUGACAUUUCAAGAAGAAGCACUUAAUCACAAUGAUCAUGUUCCAGCUGCAGCAGUAAUGUGUCUAGAUGAAGUGACACCAGAGCACAAUGAGAAAGCAGACCUGGAAACAGAUGUCCCCUACAAUGCAGAAGACAGCAUGGACAUCUCUCAUUCAGACAACAUGCACAUGGUACCAGAUGAGGCUGGUAAGGCUGUAAGUGAGAAGAUACCGACACAGCAGUCACUAUGUCUUCAUGAUGAAGCAAGUCCACUUCGACACCAAGAAAGUCUUACUGAGGACGGGAGUGAACCACAUGUACUGGAGGAUUCUUGUCGAUCGCCAUCCACGUUUGAUCUGACAAGGGAUCCUAAGUUAAAAGAGCACUUUGAUUUGACUAGGGGUCAUGUAGGCAUUUCACAAAAAAAGGAUGAUCCAUUGGUUUCUGAAACUUCUGAUCUUCACGAUGUGGUAACUACUCCUAAUAGUGAGACUUCUACAGAAAUCAACUCCCCUGCAGGGCAUAAAAGUCUCAAGUCUCCUACUGGGAUGGAGUCUCCUGCAACCUCAGUGGACACCAGUAAAACCAGUGUGUCAUCCUCUCCUGCCGUUUCCAUCGACUUUCAUUCAUCUAGUGAUAUAUUUCAAAGUCAAACUCCGGCACAUAGUUAUAGCACAGCAAAUGCCUUUCCAACCACAUUUAUAUCUGUAACUCCAAAAAUUGGCAUGGGUAAACCAGCUAUCACCAAAAGGAAGUUUUCUCCUGGCAGACCGAGAUCAAGACAGGGCACUUGGAGUACCAAUAAUACAGUGAGCCCACCUUCCUGGUCAGCUGAUGGCUCAGAAGGUUGGGACAUUUUUAAGUCCAGACAGCUUCUCGGCAAUCCAUUUUGGAGCAUCAAAGUGGGACGUGGAUCAGGAUUUCCUAGGAGGAGACCGAGGGGGUCUGGUCUGUCUGGUCGUGGGGGAAGAGGACGUUCAAAAUUAAAAACUCCUAUAGGCAACUUCAUAAUUCCAGGGAUAACCACACUGGAUCUUUCAUCAUAUAAGGAAGAGGAAGAAACCUCAAUGCACAACACAGUGGUUUUAUUUUCCACAACAGACAAGUUCACCUUACAUCAGGAUAUGUGUGUGGUAUGCGGUAGUUUUGGAAAAGGUGCUGAAGGAAGACUACUUGCUUGCUCUCAGUGCGGGCAGUGUUACCAUCCAUACUGUGUCAGUAUUAAGAUUACUAAAGUCAUCCUUCGCAAAGGUUGGAGGUGCUUGGAGUGCACAGUGUGUGAGGCCUGUGGUAAGGCCACAGAUCCUGGACGGCUGCUGCUGUGUGAUGACUGUGACAUUAGCUACCAUACAUACUGCCUGGAUCCACCACUACAGACUGUGCCCAAAGGAGGCUGGAAGUGUAAAUGGUGUGUUUCGUGUAACAACUGCAAAGCAAUCACUCCAGGGUUGCGGUGUGAGUGGCAGAAUAACUACACCCAGUGUGCACCAUGCGCAAGUCUGUCUACCUGCCCUGUGUGUGGUCAAAACUACAUAGAGGAUGAGCUUAUCAUUCAAUGCAGGCAGUGUGAUAGGUGGUCACAUGGUACCUGUCAGAACCUGAAUACUGAAACAGAAGUUGAGCAUGCAGCAGACGGUGGAUUUGAUUGUGCAAUGUGUAAGCCAUUUGUAAUACCAGCUCCAGAAGUGUGUGAACCGCCAAUUGAUGCUCAGAUUGUUCCUAAGACUAGAGAGCCAGAUAUUCUGAAAACAUUUACACAGGAUGGAGUAUGUUUAACAGAAUCAGGGCUCUCACAGUUACAGAGCCUGACAAUCACUGUACCGCGAAGAAGGCGCUCAAAACCAAAGCUGAAAUUAAAGAUCAUCAACCAGAACAGUGUGGCCGUCCUGCAGACACCUCCAGACCCACAAUCUGAGCAUUCUCGUGAUGGCGAGAUGGAUGACAGUAGAGAGGGUGAUCUAAUGGACUGUGAUGUAAAAUCGGACUCCAGUCCAGAACGGGAAGCUAUUGAUGAUGACCCUAAAGGUGCUGAAAUUAUGGAUGGAAUAAAGAAAAGGAAGCGAAAGCCAUACAGACCAGGUAUUGGGGGAUUCAUGGUGCGUCAAAGAAGCCGAACAGGUCAGGCAAAAUCCAAGAGGUCUUUAUCUAGAAAGGAUUCUUCUGGCUCAGUUUCUGAACUCUUGCCUGGUAAAGAAGAAGGUUGGAAUGAACCUCUGCCAGAAACUCCUGUAGAUGAAUGCAUCAUCGGCUCAGAUAAUACAGAGAAAAUAAAGAAACGCUACCGUAAAAAGAAAAACAAACUGGAAGAAACCUUUCCUGCAUAUUUACAGGAGGCUUUUUUUGGGAGGAAUCUUCUGGAUACCAGUAGACAAAAUAAACUUAGCAUUGAGAACUCUUCUGAGGAUGCUGCUACAAUUUUGCACAAAGCAAAUCUAAACUCAACAUUUCUGGACCCUUCUUCAGACCCCCUCCUCAGUUCAGCAGCAACACCUUCCAAAAAUACAGACGGUGGAUCUCAGGAUCCUUUGGCUGAACUAUCUGACGUGUUGAAUACAGAAGAUGAUAUUUUUGGAAUACUUUCAGAUGAUCUUGCAAAGUCUGCAAGUCAGACUGGUAUGUCUUCAAAAGGUCUUGAUUUAUGCACUUUCCAGGUCGAGAAUUCCUCCUCUCCUUUUGUGGGGCUUGACAUGGGUACCAUAUCGGAUGAUUCAUCAUCACUGUCUCACACCAAUGUCAACCAGAGCUCCCGACCUUUAAGCGAGGACCAAUUGGAUGGGAUUCUCAGCCCAGAACUAGACAAAAUGGUUACAGAUGGGGCCAUUUUGGAAAAACUAUCUAAAAUUCCAGAACUUGAAGGAAAAGAUGUUGAAGAUUUAUUUACUGCUGUGCUGAGUCCUGUAGCUACCCAUCCGCCAUCUUUGCCACAACCGCCACCACCUUCAGCUCAUCCUCAUCAUCCACAUACACAGCUCUUGCCUUUGCACAACCAGGGUGAUGGCCUUUUUCCAAGAAUACCCAUGGUAAAUGGAAUGUUACCACCCAAUUCACACCUGCAACAUAAUCCUCUUGUACCUGGAGGUGGACUUGGUGCUUUUCCUCCAUUAACACAGCCACCAUUUUCAGAUAACAGGGAUAAAAACACAGUGUAUCAUAAUAUGGUGAACGACCCUACUAAUGUGUGGCCAACUCAAGCUCCUGCAAUGGAGACUGAGGCAGAUACCAUGUCCAACGCGCAGAGGAGUACACUAAAAUGGGAGAAAGAAGAAGCCCUCGGUGAAAUGGCCACUGUUGCUCCUGUUUUAUAUACAAAUGUUAACUUCCCAAACUUGAAGGAGGAAUUUCCAGAUUGGUCCACAAGAGUGAAGCAGAUUGCAAAACUUUGGAGAAAAGCCAGUUCACAAGAAAGGGCACCAUAUGUUCAAAAGGCCAGAGAUAACAGAGCAGCUCUCCGAAUUAACAAAGUACAGAUGUCAAAUGACUCUCUGAAGCGACAGCAGAAUGAAAUAGUUGAGCUCAACUCUCGUAUUGACUCAGAUUUGUUUAAAGAUCCGAUUAGGCAGAGAGAAUCUGAGCAUGAACAGGAGUGGAAGUUUCGACAGCAAAUGCGUCAGAAGAGCAAGCAGCAAGCAAAAAUUGAAGCAACGCAAAAGCUUGAGCAAGUAAAGAAUGAGCAGCAGCAGCAACAGUUUGGAUCCCAGCAUCACCUGAGUCAGUCAGGAAAUGACACCCCAAACAGUGGAAUACAAAGCCCUAGUGGAAAUAUGUCUCCUAUUCAGCAGACUUUUAAUAAGGAUGCAUUUUCCAAACAGACUCCACCGUCAUUCUCUGAUGACGUUUUUGUGAAGCCACAAGCUCCACCUCCAACACCAACUAGAAUUUCCUUGCAAGAUCCUCUGCAGCUGUCCCAGCCACAGUCUCCACAGAUGAUGUUCUCACCUGGAUCUUCCACUUCUAGACCGUCUUCACCUGUGGAUCCAUAUGCUAAAAUGGUUGGAACCCCAAGACCUACACAUUCUGGCCAGAAUUACCACAGGAGGAACUCUGGGUCACCUAUGGAUAUAUGUUCUAUAAGACACAUUGCUGGGAAUGAAUCUUCUGAUACCAAACCAUCACCUAUAAGAGAUCCCUCUUCAUCUCCCUCUGGUGGUGAUCUGAGUGUAAGGUUGGGAGAUUCACAAAGGUCUAUGAUGUCAUCAGAAAAUUUUGCAAAGCCAGGGUUUGCAUCAAGGAUUCCACAUGGCACAGAUCAGAUUAUAGAUGGUUCCUUAGGUCCAGCAAACAGUGACUCUUUUCCUAAACAGAACUCUAGGUCUGACAUGUUUCAAAGACAAUCAGUGGCACAAAAUAAAGUAGAUCCAUAUGCAAGGCCUCCUCUCACCCCUACUCCAGGCAUUUCACCGGAUAGUCCUGCCCCAUUUAAAACUCCACUUCGUCCCCCUCAGUCACCACAGGAAUCAUAUAGUUCGCUGCCAACAACACCUCGUCGUAUGUCUGCGGACCAAUAUGAAAGGUCUGUUAUGACACCGCGGCCAUCUGAGAAUUUUUCUCACGAUCCUUAUAAUCAAGCCUCACAUCGUUCAUCCACAAAUGAAUUUGCACAUGCUCCUAGACUUAUGCGACAACAUAGUGACCCUCAGACCUUAUCAAGAUCAAAUUCACAGGAUCCAUACUCACAGCCUCCGGGAACACCACGCCCAGUGAAUAACCCUUAUUUGCCUUCACUAAAUUCUCCAAGAGCACAAGUCAUUGACCCUUACCAUCAGCAACCACCUACCCCAAGACCAUCUGCACAAACAAUGGAUCCUUACAGUCAGCCACCAUCUACUCCUAGACCAAUUGUUGGAGAUGUGUUUGCUCAACCCACUAUGAAUAAGAGAAACCAUGAAACUUUUGCCUCUCCAUCAGGAACACCAAGGCCUAGCAUGGAUCCUUACUCUCAACAGCCUGCCACUCCUAGGCCUUUGUCCUCAGAUCCAUAUUCUCAGCCGCCAGGGACACCAAGACCAGUUUCUUCAGAUUCAUAUCCAUCUUCUACACCAAGGUCAAUGCCAUCUGAUCCAUAUUCACAGCCACCUGGAACACCAAGGCCAAUGCCAUCUGAUCCGUAUUCACAGCCAUCUGGAACACCAAGGACAAUGACAUCCGACCCAUAUUCUCAACCACCUGGAACACCAAGGCCUAUGCCAUCCGAUCCAUAUUCUCAACCACCUGGUUCACAAAGGCCAAUGCCACCCGAUCCAUAUUUGCAACCACCUGGUACACCAAGGCCUAUGUCUUCAGACCCAUACUCUCAGCCACCUGGAACCCCCAGACCAGUACCAUCAGAUCCUUAUUCUCAACCUCCUGGAACACCAAGGCCUGUGCCCUCAGAUCCAUAUUGUAAACCACCUGGCACACCAAGACCAAUGGCUUCAGAUCCAUAUUCUCAUCCUCCUGGGACUCCAAGAUCUAUUAAUAUAGAUCCAUAUUCUCAACCCCCAGGUACUCCACGGCCUGUUAUUUCAGAUCCAUAUUCCCAGCCCCCUGGAACACCAAGGCCUGCUCCCACUGAUUCUUAUUCUCAUCCAAACAGAACUCCUAGGCCUGUUCUUCCGGAUCCAUAUUCUCAGCCGCCAAGAACUCCCAUGCCGGGUGUCCCAGAAAACUUUAAUCGUUCCAGGUCAGGAUUGGUUUCCAGUCAGGAGUCAUUUGGACAUAGUACUCAAAACAGAGGACCUCCUCUGCAAGCUCCUUAUUUGAGACCUGAUGCAAGCACCCAAAAUCCUCGAAUGGCAGGUCCAGGCGCAACAGACAUUUUUAUUCAUCAUUCUGUUACUAACCAGGAUAGUUUUGAACCACCCCCAAUGACUCCUCAUGUACAGCCUGGGGAUGGAUUUGGGGAUUCACAUGAUAUAGCUGAUCAACAAAGACCAUUUUCAGAGGAAGUGUUCAGUGGCGUUACCAACAUUGCAGAAAGUGCUCAAGGGCAACAGUUUAACAUUCAGCAAGCAACAGGCAUGGCAGAUGCCCAAAAUUCCCUGAACUUGCCACUGGCAGACUCUGAAGAGAAAGCAAGACAGCGUCAAAAGCUUCGAGAGUUGAUCUUGAGACAGCAGCAAAACAAGAUUUCCAUCCGACAAGAGAAACCAUUGGAUCCUUUACAGAUGAACCAGGGUGGACAUCCCACACAAUGGCAAGACAAUUCACUCAGACACCAUGAAAUAUUUAACAGGCCUCCACCACCUUAUCCUGGAAACAUCCGAGCCUCCCUUGGCUCCAAAGGGAACCCACAAUUUCCUGCUUUUCCUAAAGAACAACAUGUUCAGUUUGCAGGGAAUGGGCAUUUCAAUAGACCACAGUUUCCUGGAGACAUUGGUAGCAUGGCUAUGAGACCACACCCUGGAAAUAGAUUUGUCUAUCCUAUGACAGGGCCUGGUCCUGUGCCCAGUCAUGAGCGCUUUUUAGCUCCUUUACAAAUGCAAGUUCCAGGGAUUCCACAGCAGAUGAGGAGAGAAAUGUCAAUCAAACUGAACAGACCAUUAAAUAAUUCACAGAUCACAAAUUCAGCUGGUAUAGCACCACAUUUCCCUCACCAGGGAAUGCAGGUUCAACAACAUAAUAUAUCUGGUCAGGCAUACAUUGAACUUCGUCACAGGCCACCAGAUGGAAGGCCAAGGAUUUUGUUUGGACCCAAUCCUAAUCUAAUGGAACAACCUAUGCCACAUCAGAGGCAAAUGGGAUAUUUCCCUAGACCAGAGUUUCAAGGCCCAAGGUUGAUAGAUCCAGUACGUGCUCCCCAUCCUGGCUUAUCCAGUCAAGUGCCUCCUGGUUUGGAACAAUUCAUGGCAACACAAAAUCAGCCGGUCAUGAUGCAUGAAGUUGAGCAGCCAGAAACAACUGAGAACUUCUUGCAAACUUCAUUAUCUAUUGAUCAUUCAAACAAGGAAUCAAGUAAUAAUUCUGCACAUGGUGAGUUGGAGGAAAAACUUGACCCUGAUGAUCCUUCUGAAAAAGACCUGGAUGUAAAGGAUUUGGAGGGAGUUGAGGUAAAGGAUUUAGAUGAUGAUGAUCUUGAAAACAUAAAUCUGGAUCCAGAUGAUGCUAAACUAGAUGGCUUAGAUACUUUGGAAGCAAAUGAUCCUCAACUUGAUGACUUGUUGCGCUCGGGAAAAUUUGAUAUAAUUGCCUAUACAGAUCCCGAUCUUGAUCUUGGAGACAAAAAAGAUAUGUUUAAUGAAGAUCUGGAUUUUAAUGUACCCAUUGAUGAUAAGUUGGAGCUCCAGCCAAAAUCCGAGGAAGCAGAAGGCAGUGAAGAAACGCUCAAGGAAGCAGUUGAUCCUGUUCCAGAGACUAUUGCUGAUGUUCCUACUGAAACCAGCACCAAGGGAGCAUCACCAAAAAAUAAGACAGCGGAUGUUACAUCUGAACUUACUGUUGAGGCCACAGGGACACAGCAGCUAGAAGAGGAUAUCACGUCUGUACCAUCUUGUAAAAGUGAACGGUCAGAUAAAGGCGAUAAAGAGGGCGCUCUAAAUUCUGAACAGCCUAGUGAACUAUUGCAGGUGCCUUCUCAAGAUGCUAUUAGUUCGUGUGGUGUACCAGAAUCCACACCAGUGCUCAACAAUAUAUUAACAAAUGACAAUUCUGAACUAACCGAUGUAGAGAUCAUGUCAGCUCCACAGCUAAAUGUAAUGCAAGGUAUUGCACAAAAUGUCAUGACCUCUCCGAAUGAAGUCAUAGAUCAUCCUAUAAAUCAAAGCAUGGGACCAAGACUUAAACAUGGCUUUACACAAGGGUCACCAACAGACUCAGGCUUUCUGGCUGCUCAGCAGGGAGCCAAUAAUUUUGUCACAGGUGACACAUUAAAUCAAACUUUGCCGUGUUCCGGUGGCAUCUCUAGUGCUCAGCAAGCAUUGCUCCAGCAGAGUCGGGAGAGACCUCUUCUUUUGGAAGAACAGCCUUUACUAUUGCAAGAUCUUUUAGAUCAAGAAAGACAAGAACAGCAGCAACAGAGGCAGAUGCAAGCAAUGAUCCGGCAGCGUUCUGAGCCCUUUUUUCCAAAUAUUGAUUUUGAUGCUAUUACUGAUCCUAUAAUGAAAGCAAAAAUGGUCGCUCUGAAAGGCAUCAAUAAGGUCAUGGUGAACAAUAUGGGAAUGCCACCAAUGGUGAUGAACCGAUUUCCGUUUGUGGCUCAGCAAAUACCAGGAGCACAAAACAUUGAGGGCCAGAGCAUUGUUCCACCAGGAAUUCCCCAGGAUGGAAAUAUCGCACCACAAAUGAUUCGGCCAAACCCUCCAAACUUCGGUCCAGGAUUUGUCAAUGACUCACAGAAAAAACAAUAUGAGGAAUGGCUUCAGGAGACUCAACAACUCCUUCAAAUACAGCAAAAAUUUUUGGAGGAGCAAAUUGGUGCUCACAGAAAAUCUAAGAAGGCACUAUCAGCCAAGCAGCGAACCGCUAAGAAAGCAGGCCGCGAAUUUCCUGAGGAGGAUGCCGAACAGCUCAAACAUGUUACAGAGCAGCAAAGCAUGGUCCAAAAACAACUGGAACAGAUACGAAAACAGCAAAAGGAACACACAGAGCUUAUUGAAGAAUAUAGAAGCAAACAGCAGCAGUUUUCAGUGGCCCCUUUAAUGCCUGGGGUCCUACCACAGCAGACAAUGAUGACACCGGGAGGACCACCCCCAACAAAUGCACAAAGCUUUCCUAUUCCACAAACAUUGCACCCUCCAGGGCCUGUGAUACCAGGCCAACCCAGUCAGCCAAGGAUGCCAAACAUGCAAGGUUGGCAGCCUGGACCUCGAGGUGCCACACCGAUAAAUCCCCCCAGGAUGCAGCAUCCUGUCAACUCUGAAGUAACUGCUCCAGCUGCUAUUGCAAACCCAAAUGCUCCACCAAGGGUUCACUUUGAUGACAACAACCCCUUCAGCGAAACUUUCCAAGAAAGGGAAAGAAAAGAGAGAUUGCGUGAACAACAAGAACGGCAAAGAAUUCAACUCAUGCAGGAAGUGGAUCGUCAAAGAGCAUUGCAGCAAAGGUUAGAAAUAGAGCAGCAUGGAAUGAUAACUCCAGACUCGGGUAAAAUAUCUUUGUCACAGAUGCCUUUCUUUGGUUCUGAGUUACCAAAUGACUUCAUGCAAAUUCCACCCUUCCAACAAUCUACACAGCAGCAAUCUCAAAUGGGACAUCCAAUGACCCAUCCAAAUAUAGGUAACUCUCCUCCAGCUGCACCUUUUGUGCAAAACUCUGAUAAAAGAUCUUUGGGACUUUCUCCGUAUAGACAAGACAAUCAGUCUGGGUUUCCACAAACUCCAUUUAUGCCGAAUGUCACCAAUGCUUCACCUAUUGCUGAUAAUGGAAACUCCAGUGGACAGGACAGGCCUGCAAGUUCCACAAAUUUUCAGAGUCCAAGCCAGUCACUUAUACAACUGUAUUCUGAUAUCAUUCCAGAAGAGAAAGUAAAAAAGAAAAGACAACGGAAAAAGAAAAAAGAAGAGGACUCUGAUUCUCUGAAAUCCCCACCCUCAACACCACGUUCUGAUUCUACUGCUCCACUAACUCCAAGUAUUUCAGAAGCAUCAACCCCAACAGUGAAUGUUGUGAAUGAUCUUCAAGGAGAAAAUGUGGCUGACUUAAUUCGGUCUUCAACACCUAAUGCGGCAAACAAUAGCUCUAUAGAUUCUGAAGGCCCACUCCUCCCUAAAGAUGUGAAACAGAUAUUUCAGGAACCUAGGCUGGACCAAGAGGAUGGUCAACCGCACACUAAAGACAACAUUAAUAUUCAGGAAAUUAAAUUGGAGCAGAUGGAAGGAGAUCAGUCUCCAGAGGAAUCUGACUCCAAAGUAAAUCAACCAUCAGUCGGGCUUAAGACUGAAGAUAAUAAAGCCACAUCGCACGAUGCACUUUCCACAGAAAUAACUUCUCAUACUGCCUCCGGCCCCUCAGGAAAACUGGAAUCUGGAAAUGAAUUACUGAAACACUUGCUCAAAAACAAGAAACAACCGGUCUUGUUGCCUCAAAACUCUGAGGAAAGUUUACAAUUUGUUGAAGAUGGUUCCUUUGAUUCAAAGUCCACAGGAAGACCUGGAAAUGUAUUGCAUAUCCCAGAUAACAAAGAGCUGGUUGGCUUUAAUGUCAACCAGAACCUACUCCCUAGAACAGAUUUUGAAAUGGAAAAGAAGAAACCAAGAAACAAGCGAGUGCAGAGGACAGCAGAGAAGCCUGCCCCUCGAUCAAAGAAAAGGAAGAAAGAAGAAGAACAGAAACCAGCCAUAUUUUCAAACUCUGAGACUUUCAGCCAAAUAAAGCAGCAACUUUCCCUGCUUCCACUAAUUGAGCCAAUAGUUGGAAUAAACUUUGCACAAUUUCUCCCUUACGGAACUGGCCCAAUGAGUGCCGGGAGUCGACUGCUGGGAACCUUUGGCUGUGCUUCUCUUGAUGGCGUAUCAGAUUAUUAUUCACAGUUAAUCUUUAAGCAAAAUAAUCUCAGCAAUCCUCCCACUCCUCCGGCUUCUCUGCCUCCUACACCACCUCCAGUAGCCUGCCAGAAGAUGGUGAAUGGUUAUGCCACCACUGAAGAACUGGCAGGAAAGGCUGCCAUUCUUGGAGGCCACGUUACCAAAGCUCUGGGACCCAAACAAUUUCAGCUGCCUUUCAGGUCCCAGGAUGAUUUGUUAGCUCGAGCCAUUACUCAGGCACCUAAAUCAGUGGAUGUCCCAGCUUCAUUGCCCACUCCACCACACAACAAUCAGGAGGAGUUGAGGGUUCAGGAUCACUGUGAUGCCAGGAAUAGCCCUGACAGUUUUGUGCCCUCCUCAUCUCCUGAAAGUGUAGUUGGGAUGGAAAUAAGCAGAUACCCAGAUUUGUCACUAGUGAAAGAGGAACCACCAGAUCCUGCACCUUCCCCUAUCAUUCCAAUACUACCAAGCAGUACAGGAAAAGUCUUUCCAGGGUCUGAUUCCAGAGACUGUGGAAUGAAGAGAGAGCCAGGAGCAGGUCCCAUGUUUUUUGGAUCACAAUUUGCACAAGCACCAAAUGGACCCAAGUCUGGAUUUAUCUCUGUAGCAAUCACAUUGCACCCUACAGCAGCUGAGAAUAUUAGUGGAGUAGUGGCUGCAUUUGCUGAUUUGCUGCAAGUUCACAUUCCCACCAGCUAUGAAGUGAGCAGCGCUCCAGACUCUGCUUCUGUUAUCCUAAUGAACGGGCACAGGAUGAACUCCAACAUGGAGUAUAGGCAGCAGCUGUUACGUCAACGCCCCAGACCAGGGUCCAUACCUCCAACCAGACUCAUAGGAUCUUAUGACAUGAAAAAUCACAGCUUGCCAUUCAUGUCUCAUAGUACUGGUAUGCCAGGAUACAGACCUCACCCACCAACUAUGGGGGAUUCUCCAGCUCUUAGGCAGUCGUGGUGCUGUCACUGCAAGGUUGUAGUGUUUGGAAAUGGGGUACGAAAAUCAGUGAGAGAUUUACACUUCCCCAAACAGGAGUUCCUUAACAGCACUGGACGCAUGGUUAGAGAACUUGUCUUCUGCAGCAACAAUUGUUUUCUGCUGCAUUCUGCCGUACAGGCAAAGAGCAAUGAGAUCAAGGGCCCGGAUUGUUCCUUAACAUCUCCAACUCUAAAGGAAACUCAACCAAAGUCCUGCCAUCAGUACAGUAACAAUACUUCCACCCUGGAUGUUCAUUGCCUUCCGUUGUUGCAGGAAAAGUUUUCUCCACCAACGUCCCCUCCCAUUUCAUUCCCACCUGCUGCUUUUGAAACUGCUAAAGUCGAGGCGAAGCCAGAUGAACUGAAAGUCACGGUGAAGCUAAAACCACGGCCGAGAGCAGUACAUAGUGGUCUGGAUGAUUUGCGGCCUUUUAGUAAAAAGUGGAGAGGAAUGAAGUGGAAGAAAUGGAAUAUUCAAAUUGUUAUUCCCAAGAUGCCUUUCAAACCUCAAUGUGAGGAUGAUAUAGAUGAAUUUUUGAAAAGACUAGGAACGUCUCUGAAGCCAGAUCCUUUGCCCAAAGAUUUUAGAAAAUGCUGUUUCUGCCAUGAAGAGGGUGAUGGAAUGACGGAUGGGCCGGCAAGGCUGCUGAACCUUGAUCUUGACGUCUGGGUCCAUUUAAACUGUGCUCUUUGGUCUACUGAAGUCUAUGAGACACAGGCUGGUGCCUUAAUAAAUGUAGAACUGGCUUUGAGACGAGGACUGCAGAUGAAGUGUGUCUUUUGUCAUAAAAUGGGAGCCACAAGUGGCUGCCACAGGUUAAGGUGCACCAAUAUCUAUCACUUCACCUGUGCAAUAAAAGCACAAUGCAUGUUUUUUAAAGACAAAACUAUGCUUUGCCCCAUGCACAAGCCAAAGGGAGCUCAUGAGCAAGAACUGACUUAUUUUGCAGUCUUUCGUAGAGUUUACGUUCAGCGUGAUGAGGUGCGGCAGAUAGCUAGCAUUGUGCAGCGGGGGGAACGUGACCACACUUUCCGUGUUGGCAGCCUGAUCUUUCAUGCAAUUGGUCAGCUGCUGCCACAGCAAAUGCAGAACUUUCACUCCGCGACUGCUCUUUUCCCAGUGGGUUAUGAAGGUAGCAGGUUGUACUGGAGUAUGCGUUAUGCCAACAGGCGCUGCCGGUACCUCUGCUCUAUUGAAGAGAAAGAUGGACUGCCUUUAUUUGUCAUCAGAGUACAUGAACAGGGACAUGAAGAUCUGGUCCUUACAGAUACUACACCAAAAGGUGUUUGGGACAAAAUCUUGGAGCCUGUUGCAAACUGUAGAAAAGGUUCAGAAAUUCUCAGGCUGUUUCCAGUGUACCUGAAGGGGGAAGAUCUUUUUGGUUUAACGGUUUCAGCAGUUGCACGAAUAGCAGAAUCGCUACCAGGAGUUGAAGCCUGUGAGAGUUACACUUUCCGUUAUGGCCGAAACCCACUGAUGGAGCUCCCUCUGGCCAUCAAUCCCUCUGGCUGCGCCCGUUCAGAGCCCAAAAUGAAUAAUCAUGUAAAGAGGUUUGUGUUAAGGCCUCACACGUUAAACAGCACCAGCACUUCAAAGUCCUUC